AUGGCCGGCAACGUUUUCCAGAACCCACAACAACCCGCAGGCGCGAGGGCCACACCACUCGGCUCCGGAAGGCUGCAAAACGGCAAACUAGGUAGUGGCUCUAGCUGGACAUUCGGAGUUCCAAUGGGAGGCGCUCCUGGCCUUUCGGGCAAUCAGAAUCGGGCAAACAACCCAGCCGCUUCCUCCUUCGCUCAAGCAACUGGCGCUUCGCAGUCGCAGCAGCCUUUGGACUUGUCUGAUUUCCCGUCCCUGUCGAACAACGCUCCUCAGCAACAGCAGAAUGUAUCCUCACACGCCAUAUGGUCCAACACCCCCAGCCUACGGGGAAAUCACGGCCGCGGUGCGGAGCAUACACCAGUCCAACGCCCGCAAGGCCAAGGAAGCACGCCCCAGCCGCCCUCAGCCUCACAACCCACGCAACAACCGCUCUCCCAGCACCAUCAGUCCCAAGCACUCGAAGAAGGCACCUCCCCAUCACCGCAAUUCGCGGCGGGCACUGAAGAAUUCCGGUUCGGAAAUCAAAGCAGCACAGGUCAGCAACAAGGCAACCUACAAGCGCUAAGUGGUAGUAUAGACGAGUUUCCACCCUUAGGUGGCGGCCCGGGAGACAUUGGUCUAGAUCGACGAGCCGGACUGAUGCAAAAUAACAUCUAUGGAGGCAAUACGAACGGCAAUGGUUUCCCAGGAAGUCUCAACGGAGGAAGGAACAGCCUGGUUGGCCCGUUGGACGGCCAGCAGGACCGAACUGCACUCAUCAGUGCAGGAGAUCGCAUGACUGCGCCUGGUUCUUCCGCAUCGCAACACACCCUCGGCAAUGCGCUUUCACACGUGCAGCGAUCAGCACAGAGUGCGUUUCGUGCAGGCGGGAUCAACGACCCACAACAGACCAUCGUACACGGGCAACAACCACCACGGAGUGGCCUUUUUGGUGUGGAUCCUAUGGAAUCGUCCCAGAGUCCCCAACAACGACCAGAACCGAAACGACUCGCACAGAUGACCGAUAUCGAGCGUUUUGGAAUUCAAGGACUGCUGGCCAUGAUCAAUUCCGACCAUCCGGAUCACUCGCCACUUGCUCUUGGGCACGAUCUGAACGCCCUAGGUCUUGAUCUCCGUACCGACGAUUUACCUAUCUACCCGACCUUCGCAGGCCCCUUCGCAGAGCCGAACUCUCGUCCAAUCAUCCCCGAUUUCACUCUUCCAUCAGCCUACAAGGUCACGAACGUCCCACCGUUACGAGAAAAGAUGAUAAGCUUCUCCGAUGACACACUAUUCGCUAUCUUCUACCAGUACCCACGAGACAUUCUCCAGGAGGACGCCGCUGGCGAGCUCUUUGCACGAGAGUGGAGGUGGAAUAUCAAACUACGGCAAUGGAUGCGAAAGGACGAGCAAUUCGGCAACACGCAGCGGAUCUCGGAGAAGGAGGAACGAGCUUACUACAUAUUCUUUGACGUCAACAACUGGCGGAAGGAGCGGAGAGAGAUCCUACUGCACUACGACGACCUUGACAUGAGACAUCAGGAUCUGCGACAAGGUCAGCAUGCUGGACCGUCGUUGUCGUAA